AUGUAAGAAUUGUAAGAAUUUCUCGAUAAAUAGAAAGAUUUGAAUUUCAAAAUGCUUGAGGAUAUGUUAUCAUCUUAGAGUCUUCAAAUCCAUAACCUCUCCAUGGGACUCAAAUCUUUUUAGCAUUGUUUAGAGAACUUUCAAUUAAAGCGUAGAUCUAGAAACAAGAACUUAUUCAAAUUGUACAGCAAUGACGAAGCAAGCAUAUUUAUUCAUCUGGAAAAGGAUAUUUAAAACAUAUACUGCAAAUCUGAAUUCGCACUUUCUAUUUCUUUGAGAGAUUAUUCUGGCAAUUUGACAAAAAAUGAAGAAUACACAGUCUACAUUAAAUUAUUUUCAGCAGAUAAAUUUCCUAAAGAAAUCACUGUCAACUCCCAAGGAAAGCCCCUUCUACUUGGAAGGACCAAAUUGCUACUAAAAGGAAAAGGAGAAUUCAAAAAGCUACAGAUCACAGAAUAAUCAUCAAAUUUUCCCUUAGGCAAAUUUGCAUUAGUUUUAUAUUCUAACUCACCAGAUGUCUAGUCUUUAAUAUUAGAAAAUAUAGUGGUAUAAAAGAAAAAAUGA